UCCUCCCCUUUCACAGCUCAGUCGGCGGCAGGGGCAGCAGGGGCCGCUGUGAGGAGCUCUGCGCUCGCGCCGCCGCCCGCUGCCGCCGCCCUCUGCUCCCGCGUGUCGGCCGCUUCGGCUCCUCUCGUCGCGGAACCCAUUGUAAGAGCCAGUAAAUCCUGUGGAAAAUGACCUUCAGUGAUCUUACGUCAAGGACCGUGCGUCUGUAUGAUAGUUGGCUCAAAGAUGCUGAUCCAAGAGUCGAAGACUGGUUCCUCAUGUCCUCACCUCUGCCACAAACCAUCGUCCUCGGACUCUAUGUCUAUUUUGUCACUUCUCUAGGACCAAAACUCAUGGAGAAUCGAAAGCCCUUUGAACUCAAGAAAGUGAUGAUAACAUACAAUUUUUCCAUAGUUCUCUUUUCUGUGUAUAUGUGUUAUGAGUUUGUGAUGUCUGGCUGGGGUACAGGUUAUUCACUUCAGUGCGAAGUUGUUGACUACUCCCAGUCACCUUCAGCAUUGAGGAUGGCACGCACCUGCUGGCUUUAUUACUUCUCUAAAUUUAUUGAGCUGUUAGAUACCAUCUUUUUUGUUCUGCGUAAGAAAAAUAGCCAAGUGACUUUCCUGCAUGUCUUCCAUCAUACCAUCAUGCCAUGGACCUGGUGGUUUGGAGUCAAAUUUGCCGCAGGUGGUUUGGGAACAUUCCAUGCCUUUCUAAAUACAGCCGUACAUGUAGUCAUGUAUUCCUACUAUGGGCUCUCCGCACUGGGACCAGCAUUCCAGAAGUAUCUAUGGUGGAAAAAAUAUUUGACAUCAUUACAGCUUGUCCAAUUCAUUAUUAUCACCAUCCACAUAGGCCAGUUCUUUUUCAUGGAAGAUUGCAAGUACCAGUUUCCAGUCUUUCUGUACAUCAUCAUGAGUUAUGGGUGCAUCUUUCUGCUGCUCUUUCUCCAUUUUUGGUACCGUGCUUACACCCAAGGCCAGAGGCUGCCCAAAACUGUGAAAAAUGGAAUCUGCAAAAGCAAAGAUCACUGAAAUGCAAGCACGACAUGAAUCUAUGAGACUGGUAUCUUACUUUCCUUGACAAUCAAGAGCUUUAUCCAUGUGAAGUGCAUUUUGUAUAUUUUUCAAAACCAAGAACUUGUAUUUUUAUGAUAAGUUAUUGGGGUUUCUGAUAUUUGAGAGCCCAAGGUCCCAGAUAACAGAGUCUAAUUAGAGCCUAAAGCAGGUAGUUUUUCAGCUGCUUUUAAACCUAAUCUAAAGGUUUUAUUUAAUGCAUUUUGUUAUGGUGAAAGGAGGAUAUGAAACAGUAUAGUACUUUUCAAAGAAGUCCAAUAUAGAUGAAAAUAUCAUCAGAUAUUUUGAUUGUGGACAGAGAUCCAUGCCCUACUAUAGAUUUCUUCUGCCAGCUCUAAAAACCUCUAACUGGGAGUUUUGGCUGUUGAUUAUAUUCAGAAGACACUGUAUUUACUCUAAAGUUAAAUUCCUAUCCUAAAGAACUAACACUGAUGAAUAUUAAGUGAAUUUUUGGUAAGUUGUCAUUUAACAUCGCUAACAGUAAUUUUUAAUGAUCUUUUGUGUAGCCACGACCAGUUUCACUGAUAAGACUUCGCUACAACACUUUUGUCGUAUAUAUACUGUUUAAAAGUAACAAUUCUUUCAGUUAGUACCUUGAUGCACUUAACACUAAGGUUAAGUUAAUGUUUUGAAAACAAGAGGAUUUGUUCUGUAGCUUAAGGAGCACCGUGCUAUUACUAUUUUGCAGUUAACUUUGUGUGUUUCUGGAAAGAGGUGAAAUUUGUCAAUGGAAUAAGUACUUUGUAGUUCAGUGGGAAAAAUCUGUUGUUGUAUUAUAAUGUCACUUUCUCAUAUUGUUAUGGCUUAAAGGAUUAUCUUGUUAAUAUGUAUUGCUUACAUAUGUAAACGUUCAAAUCCUUAGCACAAUGCAGGUACCCUUAAAUCAUAAAUGAUUUCAGACCUUCCACUAUACACAGUUUCCAGAGAUGAGUUAGAGUUGUUUGUGAAGCAAC